UAACCCGGUAGUCGUAGUAAUUGUUGUCGGAGUAAAUGUAUUCGGAGGAUUUUUUUACAGUGUCGGAGUAAAUGAAUGUCGGGGCAUCAUCAGUUCGUGGCAAUCUCCGUAACCCUAUUGUGGGUAUGUAUUGAGAAUCUAAAAUUUUAACAGAAGAAAAAAGGAAUCAAACUAUUGAAUGAUUAGAAGUUUUAACUUAAAAUUAGCUCCACCAUCUUAUAGGGAUGCAAAAUGUCAAAAACGGAUAAUGGAAAAAUGAUACUACUAUCAAAUUAAACAACCGGGUACAAUAUAAACAACGAAGUACCGACUUAAAUAUUUUUAUGUAUUUUAACGAUUCUUUUAGCUUAAUGUAUUCUUUUAUUAAAAAAAAAUAGGAUUUAUUAAGUUAUGUUUACAUUGUGCAAACAGACGCGAGUUCCAACUUGCGUGGAACAUGCUUUAUAUUGUUACUUUUUUAACAGAUUGGAAAAAUGCUUAGUAGUUGCUGGAGUUAAUAUUCUUCGUGUAUAUCGACUUGUUCCAAUUGAUACAACAUGUCAGCCUCCUAAAGCAAAAUUCGAAUGUCUGGCUCAAUAUACUCUCUUUGGUAAUAUUAUGUCAAUGCAACCUGUUACUUUAUGUCCUAGUUCUCCGGAUGCUUUACUACUCAGCUUUUCUGAAGCCAAAUUCAGCUUAGUUGAAUAUGAUCGUGAUACACACAGCUUACGCACACUUUCAUUGCACUACUUUGAAGAUGAUAAAUUUAAAGAUGGACAAACCCAAAAUUGGUCUUGCCCCAUCAUUAGGGUAGAUCCUGAUGGUCGAUGUGUUGUUGGCUUGGUCUAUGGAAAAUAUUUAGUUGUUUUGCCUUUUGGACGUACUGCUGAUGACAGUGCGAAAGGAGCUCAAGUUAUGCCUAGCUAUACCAUUCCAAUUUCACAAAUUGAUCCAAAAAUGAAUAAUAUAACAGAUUUUGAUUUUUUAGAUGGAUAUUACGAGCCUACACUUCUCAUCUUAUUUGAACCUGUUAAAACAUUUGCAGGUAGAAUAGCUGUACGAAAAGAUACCUGUGCUAUGGUGGCUAUAUCAUUAAAUAUUCAACAAAGAGUACAUCCAGUUAUAUGGUCUUUAGAUUCACUUCCGUAUGACUGUCAAAAAGUUAUUCCUGUUUCUCGUCCUAUUGGCGGAGUUCUAAUCAUGGCAGUAAAUUCUUUAAUUUAUCUUAAUCAAAGUGUACCACCAUAUGGAGUUGCUUUAAACUCUAUAGCAAAAACAAUUACAAAUUUCCCUCUAGUACAACAAGAAGAUAUCAAUUUAGUCUUAGAUAGAGCAACAGCAACAUUUAUAUCUAAUGAUAAAUUAGUGACAUCACUAUGUAAUGGUGAUUUGUAUGUUAUAACACUUUUUGCUGAUAGUAUGCGUGCAGUGAGAAAUUUUCAUUUUGAAAAAAGUGCUUCCAGUGUUUUAACUACUUGCAUAACAGUGUGCUUAGAUUCUUAUUUAUUUCUUGGUUCUAGAUUAGGUAAUUCAUUAUUAUUAAGGUUUUAUGCACGAUCUCAAAGUAAUGAAAAUGAACCUAGUAUAAAAAGAAAAAAGACUUAUGAAAUAGAUGAAGAUUUAAUUGAAUUAGAAGUAUAUGGUAGUGAAAUACAAACAUCAUUUUGUUUAGAAAGUUAUAGUUUUGAAGUCUGUGAUAGUAUUAUAAAUAUUGGACCUUGUAGCCAAGCAUCAUUAGGAGAACCAGCUUAUAUUUCAGAUGAAUUUACUAGUGAUGAACACAAUGUAGAACUAUUGUGCACAUCUGGUCAUGGUAAAAAUGGAGCAUUGAGUGUUCUUCAUCGUUCUAUAAAACCUCAGCUCAUUACUACAUUUCAUCUAGAUGGUUAUAAAGAUAUGUGGACUGUAUAUGGUGAAGAUGAUUUUCACAGCUUUAUGAUAUUAACUGAUGUUGAUUCAACAAUGAUACUUCAAACUGGGAAAGAAAUAAAUGAAUUAGACUCAUCUGGAUUUUCUUCUCAAGAACACACUGUUUAUGUAUGUAAUCUUAAUAGAUUUAUUGUACAAGUUUUAAAGAACUCUGUAAGACUACUGAGUGGUUCUGAACUGCUUCAAAAUGUACCAUUAGAAUUUGGUUCUCCAAUAAUACAUGGAUCUAGUUGUAACCCAUAUGCAGUUUUAUUGACUGAAGAUGGACAAGUUAUUGUUUUAACAGUAAAAUCUAUGGGUAGAAUUUUAGUCAUGCGACCAACUAACUUUAAUUUAGAACCUCAGACAAAAGCACUGACUGUAUAUCGUGAUGUAAGUGGGUUAUUUUCUAAUGUAUUGCCUCAAGCUGAAAUUCCUGUUAGUGGUCCAAAAUUGACUCAUGAAAAUUUUGUUGAUGAAUCAGUUGAAGACGAAGAUGAGAUGUUAUAUGGUGAUACCAGAGAUCCAUCAUCUAAAGAAAUACCUAAAAGUUCUGUUUCUAAUAAAACAACUGCAUGGUGGCUAAAGUACUUAGAACAACCCCAUCCUACUUAUUGGGUUCUCAUAUCAAGAGUUAAUGGUUAUUUAGAAAUAUACACCUUGCCUGAUUUCAAAAUAAAAUAUAGAGCAGCAAAUAUUGAUGAAUGCCCUUUAGUUCUCAAAGAUUGUUUAGAAGAUGGUAAUAUUUUUCCUAAAAAGACUGAAUCAGUUAAAGAAUUAUUGGUUGCACCUCUUGGAUAUCAAGAUAAAAGACCCAUUAUGUUUGUUAGACUUGAAAAUGAGGUUGUUAUUUAUGGUAUUCAUCGACAUCCAGUUGGAUCAUUAAAAAUGCGUUUUCACAAGAUAAGUUCUAUUCUAACAUUUGAAUCAAAAUCAGAACUUAAUUUUGAAGGAACAUCUUUACUUCGAUAUUUUACCAAAAUAGCUGGUCAUAGUGGUGUUUUUGUAUGUGGACAAAAUCCACAUUUAAUAUUACUUACAACACGAGGUGAAUUACGUUGUCAUCCAAUUCAUGUAGAUGGACCAAUAACCUGUUUCGCACCUUUCCAUAAUGUCAAUUGUUCUCAGGGUUUUCUGUAUUUUAAUUCUAAACACAAAUUAAGAAUUUGUAUACUUCCUACACAUCUAUCUUAUGAUGAACCAUGGCCCCUAAGAAAAGUUCCUCUUCGCAAGACACCUCAUUUUAUAGCGUAUCAUAUAGAAACAAAAACAUAUUGUGUAGUCACUUCAUCAUCUGAACCGUCAGCAACAUAUUAUCGAUUCAAUGGGGAAGAUAAAGAACUUACAACUGAAGAAAGAGAACCUAACUUCCCACUACCCAAUAGGGAUGCUUUUUCUUUAGAAUUAUUCUCUCCAGCUUCUUGGGAACCAAUUCCAGAUACAAGUAUUGAAACUGAAGAGUGGGAGCAUGUUACGUGUCUUAAAAAUGUAGCUUUAGCUUAUGAAGGUGCCCGCAGUGGUUUGAAAGGUUAUAUUGCAAUGGGUACUAACUACAGUUAUUCAGAAGAUAUUACAAGUAGAGGUCGUAUAUUUUUAUUUGACAUAAUUGACGUAGUACCAGAACCUGGAAAGCCUUUGACCAAAAAUAAAAUAAAAAUGUUAUAUGCUAAAGAACAAAAAGGACCAGUUACUGCUAUAACUCAUGUCGUUGGUUUUUUAGUUACAGCUGUUGGUCAAAAAAUUUAUAUAUGGCAACUCAAAGAUAAUGAUUUAAUUGGUAUUGCUUUUAUAGAUACUGAAGUUUAUGUUCAUCAGCUUUUAAGUAUAAAAAGUCUUAUAUUAGUAGCAGAUCUAUUUAAGUCUAUAACACUUUUAAGAUUUCAAGAAGAGUAUCGAACACUUUCUUUGGUUUGUCGAGAUUCUAAACCUCUUGAAGUGUUUGAUAUUAAUUUCCUUAUUGACAAUGCUGAACUUGGAUUUUUAGCAUCAGAUAGAGAUCAAAAUUUACUUAUUUAUCUCUAUCAACCUCUAGCUAGAGAGAGUUAUGGUGGUCAACACUUAAUACGCCGUGGUGACUUUAAUUUAGGUUCAAAUGUCAAUUCAUUUUUCAGACUGAGAUGCAAAAGAUCAACAUUAUCAGAUGAAAGGCGUGAAGUAAUUGGAUCAGAUAAACGGCAUGUUACUAUGUAUGCUACUCUUGAUGGUUCAAUAGGAUAUGUUGUACCAAUACAUGAGAAAAAUUAUAGAAGAUUGUUAACAUUACAAAAUAUAUUGGUACGAAAUAUACCUCAUCUUGCUGGUUUGAAUCCUAAAGCCUACCGUAGUCUAAAAACAAUUACACCUGAAAAAAUGAAUCCAGCUAGGAGAGUUAUUGAUGGUGAUUUAGUUUGGAUGUAUGUUACUUCCAUGAAUACAACACAGCGUAACGAAAUAGCAAAUAAAAUUGGAGUAAAAGCAUUUGAUUUACUACAAGAUUUAUAUGAGCUUGAUAAAAUUACAUGGCAUUUUUAAAUUCUUAAAACACAUGUUCCUAAUAUAUUUAAUUCUAUUAUAACAUUGUGUUUAAGAUCUCUGUUUUGUAUUAAAACAAAAUUAAAACAUAGUUAUUUUGAGUAAAAUUUUUUAUUUUUGAAACAAAAUUGUAAAUAGUUAAAAACAAUUCGUUUUGUAGUUUAAAUAUGGCAAAAACGAUUAAAGAAACUCAUUAUUUUGUCUACUAUUUGUUAAUACUUGUUGGAAAGUUUUGUACAGAAUUAAACCGAUUGUAUAAAUUAUCCAUGUA